UCUACUGAGUGACAAGGACAGCUGGAGUGUCUUUCAUACCACCUUUGCAUAGGUUUUGUUUAUGUUGUAAAUUGUGAGCUUAUGGAAAUUCAGUACUGAAUGGAAAAUAGAGGAUUUUGUUACAGCACAGUAUAGCUUAAUUUGCUAACUUGAGCCCUGUGUUUUGAAGAGACAUGAAGGCUCUGUUUGGACUGUUGGUGAUGUUAGCAGGAGUGUCUCAUGGAAUGGAGACCCACUGUGAUGCAACACUGGAUGGAGCUCAGUGUUAUGGAGCUCUGGGAGGAACUGUCUCUCUCCAGCUGAUGACCAUUGACACCCCAGUGUCCUCUCUUCAGCUGUCCUCUCAGUGUCUGACCCAUGGAGAGAUGAGGGUGACCUGCUCCUCUGAGGGGGAUGGUCCUCAGUACAGCUGGACUCUGGACGGACACACACAGAGAGACACUGAGGCCUCUCCUGGUGACCAGACAAACACCAUGACACUGAAGAGAGGCCUGUCAGGAGAUCUCACCUGCACUGUCAAAAACCACAUCAGCAGUGUUACUGUGAGCAAAAUCAUCUCCCCCUGUGAGGACAUCAUAGGGAUGGUAGCAGGGUCUCUGACAGGCAUAGUGUUUGUCCUAGUGAUGGUGUUGGCAGUUUACUGUGUCCAGAAGAAAAAUAAACCUCCAAAGACUCCAGAUAAUGUUAACAGUCAGGAUGUGGAAUACGCUGAUGUCAGGACACUGGAGAAUCAGAUGAGACAGCAGGAAAGAAAAGUGGAGUACGGACAGGUGAAAGUGGCAGGGGGUCCCCUGCAGCCAAUGGAGGUGGACUAUGGACAGAUUGAAAUAUUAGAGGGUCCACAGCAGAAGGUAGACACACCUGAAGAGGUGGACUAUUUGUACGCCAGGGUACGGAAAGGCCAGUGAGAAAGGUACUGUCUAGAUUCAAUAUGAUAGAAGGAGGCUGAUUUGGAGGAAAGUACAACGCAGUUUCCAUCUGCCUAUGGGCAUAUCAUCCCUAACUGGUAUUGCAUAUCUUACAGAUUUCGUCCCAUUAUGACUAGAUUCAGGUUUUCAAAGAUGGUCAUUACUUCUUUUGCAAUAUGUACACCAAGUCUUAAAGAACAACCAAGUUAAAUCAUUUGGCGAACUAAGUUCAGACUUCCAUUUGCCAAAGUCUGAUUUCUGUAGCUAUUUACAGCGAAGAGACUAUUUACUGAAACACCCCAACUGGGUAAAAAUGAAAGGUGAGCCCUCUCCCAUAGUCAGAAAAAUACUCAGAAAAGGGCAACUAGUAGUAAACAAAUAACAAAAAUAUACUAAUCUGUUGCUGUCAUGACCUAGAGCAAUACUCUGCAAACUAAGAGCAAGUGGAAAUCUGAACUUGGGGAGAACAUUGAAAAUGAUCUUGGGAGGCAAUACUCAUACCAUUAUCAAUGGAAAAUCAUCAGUAGGUACUUUCUAACUCCAGACACAAUGGUGAAGAUAAGAAAAGAAACAACCAGUGAAUACUGGAGAAAAUGUGGGGAAUUGUUCGCAAACUACCUCCAUAUUUUUGGGUCUUGUUCUAGAAUAAUUAACUUCUGGAAUUAUGUUUUUGACUUUGCAAACAAUGUAUUUAAAUGCUCCCUGGCAAAGGACGCAAAAAGUAAUCCCUGAACGGUUUCGAAAUGACUAUCUAUUGAAUAUACUAUUGUCUGCAGCAAAUAAAUGUAUUACAGCACAUUGGUUAAAUAAGGACAUUCAUACUAUGGAAGAGUGGAAUUGUAGAGUGAAAGAAAUGUAUUUAAUGGAAAAUAAAAUUGCAAACAGAUAUAUGUGAAAAAAAGAUGGGAACCGCUCCUUGUAAAUAACAUUUUGUAGACAUAAGACCAAUUAGUCUCGAAGCAACCAAACAUAUGAUAAAUGUGAUGACUUAUUUUUCCUUUUAUUUUUUCUAAUUUUAUUUCCUUUCGGUGCUUACGGUGCCUUCAGAAAGUAUUCGCACCCCUCGACUUUUUCCACAUUUUUUCAAGUUGCUGAUGCAUUUCCUUUUUGAGUCACAUGAUUUCCAUAUUUGGUUAGCUCCUCUGAUUAACUUCAACUAAAGCAUAUAAGAUUUCACCAUAUGUCAGUCUCAAUCAAAAUACGUUAAACUAAAAUAACAAAUUGAGAAGAGGAUGUUGAGAAAUGAAGAUAAAUGUUACUAACAAAGUGUUGAUGACAUAAUGUAAUGUUAUGUAAUAUGUAGUGGAAUCACUUGUCAUGCUUCAUUGUGAAUGCCGCUGUGUGAUGGGAAAUUGCAGUUUGAAAAUAAAAUCCUGUUUUUUAAAAACAA